AUGGAGCGGGCGCCCCCUCCGCCCCCUCCGCCGCCGCCGCCGCCCGGGACCCCCUCAGGGACCCCCGGGACCCCCUCAGGGACCCCCGGGAGCCGCCCCGGGCUCGGGCCGGUCCUGCGGGAGGCGCUGGAGAGAGCGGGGCAGGCGCUCGGAGAGGACGGCGGGCUCCGGGAGCUGCUGAGGAGGCGCAGGGACAGCCUGGAGGGUCCCUGGAAGUGGCUCCUGUUCCACCGCCCGGUGCCGCCCCUGAUCCAGAACGGGCCCCAGUGUGGCCUGGUUGCCCUGGCCAUGGCCGGGGCUCUGCUGGGACCCCCCCGGCCCCAAUUGGGUCUGGGGGCUCUGCUGGAGACAGCGCGGGCCAGGGGCUACACCCGCCACGGGGAGAUGUUCUCAG